AUGGCUGGACCUAAUGAGUUCAUUCGCUCAGUCAGAGAAGGAUAUAUGAUUGGUUGGAACAGGAAGCAAGGGGGACACUUGGAGCAUGAGCUGGGGGUAGUGGAGAUAGUUAAGUGGAAGGUGCCUCCUGACAAUGCCUGUGCUAUGUUCUGCCAUGCUGGAAUCCAACGAUUAAAGGCAGUUACCAUUUCUCGUGGUGACUUAAACCAGAAUGUGCUGGAGAUGGACAAGGAGGAAGAGCUCACUCAUCAGAACACAGUUGGAAAUGACUAUGAUGAAGCUGAUGGCGGCAGUAUAUGUGGUUUAAAAAGGACAAGAGGAGUCAAAGUCACUGCAAAAUACAUUCUCCCAUUAGAAUGUGAGAAAAUGGAGAUCUCCCGCCCUACAAACACCCCAGAUCAUUCUUAUCUGCAAAGAGCAACUGGUCAUGUAGAACUAUCUGCAAGUCCAUCCCUUCAAAAACCAUCUAAUUUCCCUAACACACAAGAUGAAAAGGGGGGCGGAAAUGGGAGCUUCCCUAUAGAAGUCACUGUGAAAGACAACAUAUUGAGGAAAACAGAAGUCCAUAAAGAUGAUGAAGGUGGGAGAAGAGUGGUAGAAAGAGAGGUGGAGACACCUGAGGGAAUACAGACAUCAAGCAAAGGGAAUCAGCCUUUGGGAACGGAGCCUGAAAGCAAAGAAGAAAAAUCUGGGGGUUCAGAUAUAGCAAGCACAGAAGAUAAAUCUAGGGUGACAGAGACAGCAAGUAAUGAGGACAAAUGUGGGGGAACAGAAGAUGAAGAGGAGGAUGCAACAGAGAAAGAGAUUAAAGGUAAUAAUUUAGCAACCCAGGAAAAAAGCACUGAACCAUCUUUCAUGCUGGGGUCUCGAGUUUCCAAACAAACAUUGCAAGAGCUGAAAAACCUACUCAGAAGCAGUCCUCUGCUUGGUAACAGGGCCAAAUACACUGGCAAGCAGAGCAGAACUUCUUCCCAUAUACGUCUGCAAAAACCCAAUGAAAAAGCAGUUGACAAACAGGGUAGAUCCUUUGAGUCUCUUUCUCUUAAUUUUGGAGGGGAGAAUCGAAAGCUCCACUGUAUAGACAAUUAUGUAGCAGGGCUGCCAAACAAGCCCCUCUUGGUUCACAGCUCUGCUGGGUCUGAUCAGCAACAAUCAGAAGGCAGCAACAUGGAGCAUCCCAGUAGGAGGCAACCACCAGCUUAUAAAAACACAGGCAGCACGCCAGGAAUUAAAUUCGACCCUUCUCCUGACCAGACUGUGAAACAGCUUGUAAUGACAACACUAUUAAGUUUGUCUGACAUGAACACUGCUUUUUAUUUUAAAGAUCACAGCAGAGAGCCUGACGUAAACAACCCUGGAAGUCAAUCUUCCCUUCGCCUGGUCUCGCUUAUUGAACACAUUAAACAACAGAUGGACAGAGACAAUAUUCAGUUUGUUAGAUUUGAAGCAACUGACCUGCAUGGAGUGUCAAGAUCCAAGAGCAUUCCUUCUCGUUUUUUUCAUGAAAAGGCAAUCUAUGGUGUGUCCAUGCCCAGAGGAUACCUCGAACUGACCCUGAAUCCUAAGGACAGUGAAGUGGACCACAUAAGUGCAACCAAUUUUAAUUGUGACAUACUCCUGAGCCCUGAUUUAUCAACAUUUAGAGUUCUACCAUGGACUGAACAAACUGCUAGAGUGAUAUGUGAUUCCUUCACUAUACUGGGAACCCCUCUAUUGACCUCACCCAGGCACAUUGCCAAACUACAGCUGAGACAACUUCAGGACAAUGGCUUGUCAUUGCGCUCUGCCUUCACCUAUGAAUUUUGCAUUUAUGGCAUUGCUGAGAUUGUAAAUUCAAAGACAAUAUCUUUUCCUACAGCAAGCAUACUCAAUAGUUAUGACCAGUCUUUCAUUCAGGAACUCAUUGAAGGAAUGUAUCACGCUGGUGCCAACACUGAGAGCUUCUCUUCUUCCACUUGGCCUGGACAGAUGGAGAUCUCUUUUCAUCCAGAGUUUGGCAUAGGUGCCGCUGACACUGCCUUCACCUUCAGAACAGGCACUAAAGAAGUGGCAAAAAAGUACAACUACAUUGCAAGUUUUUUCACAGAGAACGGGUUCUACAAUUCGGGGAUUCUGUCACAUAGUCUGUGGGAUUUCAGUGGCCAAAAGAAUUUGUUUUCUGUUGACUGGGGGGUUCAGGCACUUACCGAUGUUGGAAAGAAUUGGCUGGCAGGGCUCUUGGUACAUUCCAAAGCUCUCAGCUGCCUGAUGGCUCCUACGGUCAGCUGCCGUAAACGCUAUUCCAAAUAUGGUAAGGAAUCAAAAGAAUUUGUGACUGCAAAGUGGGCAUUUAAUGAUACUAGCUGUGCCUUUAACAUUAAAUGUCAUGGUGCAAAAGGCACUCAGAUAGACAACAAGCUAGGUUCAGCUACAGCAAACCCCUACCUGGUGCUUGCUGCUACUAUUGCGGCAGGCCUGGACGGAGUAAAGAGAAAACUUAACUUCCAGGAUGUGUCAGAAGAGAACCAGAACACUGCUCAGUUGAAAUUUGCAGCAAUCCCUCUGAAACUAGAAGAUGCUCUUGCUGCACUUGAGGAAGAUUUGUGCCUUAGGGAAGCACUGGGUGAUACCUUUAUUCGAUACUUUGUUGCCAUGAAACAUUAUGAGUUGGAAACUGAACAAACGGAUGCAGAACGGAAUAAAUUUUUAGAAUAUUUUAUUUAG